UCAUAUUGUAAAGUUGUUGGAAUAGAUUUUUUACGACCAAUUUUAGAGAUUGAAACUCGUUGGAACUCAGUUUUAGAUAUGUUUGAAAGAUAUAUUAUAUUACAUCCAGCAAUUAAAGAAAUGCAAUUAAAAGAAACAUCAAUGCCAUCUUGUUUGGAAAUGGACGAAUUAUUGGAACUAGAAUUAACUUGUAAAAUUCUUAAACCAUUUGCAAUUGCAACGACAAUUCUUUCAAAAGAUCAUAAAAUAUCAGACCAUGUUUUAAUCGCUCAUAUUCUUGAUCCACGAUACAAAAUGGAACAUUUAAAAGCAACUCUAUUAGAAAUUGGUGGAUAUUCAGAAAGUAAAGCUGAGCAAUAUAUUAAUAAUAUUCGACAAAAAAUACUUUCAUAUGAAACAAAUUACACAAGUUUAAAUUCUUCAAUUUUGGAAAUAGAAUGUAAAGAUUAUAUAAAACAUAAUGAAUUUUUUCUAAAAGGCGAAUUGCAAAAAAACAUCUUGGAUUUAUAUGAGCGAGAACCUCUUGAAAACUUUGAAAAUGAAAGCAAUGAAAUAGAAACUAAUGUGGAAAAUAGUGGACUACAUAGUUGGAAAUUAUUAUCAAACCGAUUUCCUAUACUUAGUCAGAUAGCCUGUGACUUUCUUAGUAUCCAACCUUCUAGUGUUGCCAGUGAACGAGCUUUUUCUCGUGCUGGCUUUACAGUUACAAAGGAUAGAGCUAAUCUUAAUGAAAACACAGUAUCCAGCACAAUACUUAUGCACUCAUGGUUAAAAGAAAGUCAAAAAAAAUCUAGUCCGCUUGAAAAUUUGCCUGAAACAAAAUAA